UAGUUAACACGACGUGUUAACCAACACUAUUUCGUUGUUUAACUGUUGUCCGUCGAAAAUGCGCGAGAACUUGGCUUACAAAUUUAAUUGAUCAAAAAAUCGAGAAAAUGUCGGAUGACCAGCCUAAUGACGAACCGGUUCAGGAGGAACUACGGUUUUGUGGUCUUGCCAUCAACCAUAAACUAAGAACGCCAUACACCACAAUUACCAAUCCGUAUUUGUACAAAUUUGCAAAAAAAAUCAAUGACGCAAUUCUACAAGAUUCUCCAGUAUGCGUCUCUUGCUAUAAGAAACUGGUAAAUUUGUAUAAUAUCAAAAACAGAAAUGCCAUAAAACACAAGGAGCGAAGGGAUCGUGAAGCAAGUUUUGCGAGUGUGAGCAGUGUUUUAGGUUCUUCCCUGGAUGCCGAGAGCAACAAUCGAUCAAACGUGAGUUUCUCCGGAGAAGAUCAAUCACGAAACGGCUCACAGACAUUCGCAAACAACAUUCCAUCGAACGUGAGUUCCUCCGGAGAAGAUCAAUCACGAAACGGCUCACAGACAUUCGCAAACAACAUUCCAUCGAACGUGAGUUCCUCCGGAGAAGAUCAAUCACGAAACGCCCUACAGACAUCCGCAAAAAGAAAUUCCUUCGUACCAAUGGCAGAUUCAUCACAAUAUACAGACGAUGACUACGAUGCCAAUUCGAACCUUAGUCUAAAUGCGGUAAAUGGCACACGAUUGCCCCACAUCCAGCCCAUUCCGAAGAGACGUCGGUUUGUUGCUCCAAAUAAAGAAGUCAUGGACAUUUACUUGCAAGGCACCACUGGAGGCUAGCUGGAAUUCUACUCCGGGUAUUUUCAUUGACAUUGAAGUGGUUAAAUUUUACUAUUUGUAUCGAAUAAAUCUUAAUUUGUUUCUUUAAUAAAUAUCAUAAGUAAUUGAUUGAAUAGCUGGAAUUCUACUCCGUGUAUUUUCAUUGCCAUUGAAAUGGUUAAAUUUAACUAUUUGUAUCGAAUAAAUCUUAAUUUGUUUCUUUAAAAAAAAACCAUAAGUAAUUGAUUAACUGGCGGCUAGCUGGAAUUCUACUCCGUGUAUUUUCAUUACCAUUGAAGUGGUUAAAUUUAACUAUUUGUAUCGAAUAAAUCUUAAUUUGUUUCUUUAAUAAAUAUCAUAAUUGGUUAA